GAUCCAGCAGGCGGAAGCGAGCAAGAAAAACGGAGACUUCCGGACGGGGAUGCAGGCGGAGUGUUGAAGAGACAGUCGCAGGCAGGCCCGGGAAAUUCUUUUGCUUUUGGCUCUCGGAGGCGCGAUGACGGAGUUAUCGGACUCACCGGCCGACCUCCACGGGGGAUCUCCCUCUCCUCUCGGCUUCCACCAUGCUCCGCUCUUCCUCAACAACCACGGUUGAAGCUUGUUCCUAUCCUAGAGGGAGCGUCAUUGUACUUCGGAUCGAACGCUGAUCCCAUCUUCAAGUCCCAAUGGCGCAAAUCCCCACUCCGCCUGCCUCCCGCUCUGCUUCGCCAGCUCCGGAUGCUGAGCCGAAGCAGGCUCCUGUAGCAGAGUCCCCGGUGGAUUUGCUACAGUCUUUGGACAAUCUAUUGGAACGAUAUCUGCGCCUUCUGGAUCAGCAUCAGAAGCUGCAAGCCGAACUAGGUUCGAAGCUCUCCUCAGGAUAUUUCUCUCUCGCCCAAGCCAACUACACUUGUCCACCUGGUCGGCACUAUGGCGCGGACUACUAUGACGAACGCAUGAAAGCGACUAAGAGAGUGUCUCUACAACUUCCUACCAAUCUUGCUGAAGAAAGCUAUGCGACAGAAGCUGAGAACUUACCAGAGGCUGAUACCAAGGACAGCAAUUUCAAAUCUAUUUUUGAGAUCGAAACAGUUACCGUGCGACACACAGAGGAUGAAUCCGAGAUCGACGAUAAGAUUGAAUCAGAUACUGGUCCGUCUCAGGAAGAUCAUUCGGGACGCGAAGAGAGCAACAGCCAAAGUGGCGAAUCCCCGGCCACGCCAAAGCCCCAAACGGAAGGGGAUACAGAUGCGAAGCCUAAGCGAUCGAAAAAGAAGUUCCGUUCUUCGAACCCUAUCCAUUGGUACGGAAUCUUGGUGCCCCCUUAUCUUCGCAGCGCCCAGAAGUCCUUCACCGAAGCCGUUGAGGGUCGCUUGCCCCAGCUGGCUAGUGUCAUAGUUGAGAUGCGAAUCGUGGAGAAGGAAGUCGAGCGAGUGCGAAGUGAACUGGGCCAGAUAUAGUGAUGUAAUCUGGUGUUUGCAGAGUUGUUGUCUGGGCCACCAUGCGCUAGGAGUAAUGUUAUCAGUGACAGAAAGACCAAAAUAUGUGCCUCAGGCCAUCAGUAUCUAUAGUGGGUUAUAGAUUAUAGGCAUGUAGAUAGAGUAUAGAGUACGGACAUGGAAGCUACGGCACUUGAUAAGCC